AUGUCUGUUAGAGAUACACAGGCAGAAAACCUUUUGGCUCUGCUGAAAGGAAGUGAUGUUGAUCAGAAGAUUGCCGAAUUUGCAAAUAUCAAGUCGCAGGUCAAGCACCAACAUGUGCAGACAGAAGCUAUAGGCCCCUUGUUCGAAGCUUGUCGUCUCGGAGUCUCGUCCCCUAACAAUACACUAUCUCUCCACGCUCUCUCCUGCCUCGGACAUCUGAUUAAAAGAGUUACCCUCCAAGACGUCGCUCGCAUCCGCCCGCAUGUCGCCCACAUACUCCCAGUUCUCAUUGAAAAGCUCGGCGAUCAGAAGGACAGGAGUCGAUCAGUAGCUCUGACUGGAUUAUUGGAUCUAUGGAAGAGUUCUGGCCCUGAUGUUGAGAGAGGGAUUAAAGAGCUUGGUUUUGGGAGUAAGAUCCCUAGGUGCAGGCAGGAGAGUUUGAAUUGGCUGCUGCAGGUUCAUCAUAGCCAGCAGGGCUUUUCUUUCAGGAGCUUUACACCGUUUAUGAUCAAGAUGCUUGAGGAUGCUAGCGAGCCUGUUAGAGAAUCUGCCAAAGACGUUGUUGUGGAGCUAUUCAAGAAUGCACCGGAUCAUGCAAAAUCGGACCUUAAAAGAGAGCUACAGAAUCGACAAGUCCGAAAAGCAAUUGCUACAUAUAUUGUGAGUCAACUUGGGAUACCUGGCGGCGAAGCAGAAAUGCGGAAUACUGUGAGAUCUCCGGAAGGACAUGAAGAAGAAGUGGAAAGUGCGAAGGGAGGAAAAAGCGUUGCAGGUAGUAUGGCUUCGUCGGUUUAUGUUCAGAGCAUGCCCGGAAGCGAGAUGGAAAGUGGUAUCGAGCCAUUAUACGUCAACACGAAUCGCGAACUGGAGGAGAUUAUGCACGGUAUGGCCGACGCAUUUGAAGGAAGAGAAUCGGAAGGAAACUGGGCAGCUAGGGACAAAAAUGUCACGAAGCUUAGGCAAUUGGUCAGAGGAAACGCAUAUAAAGAUUACCAAACCACGUUUCUUGUGUCAUUAAAAUCGCUCCUGGACGGCAUCCUCAAGACGGUCAACUCUCUGCGUACAACAGUAGCCACGAAUGGUGGUCAACUAUUGAAAGAUUUAGCGAAAAUCAUUGGCCCGGGCCUUGACCCUAUGAUGGAGAUCCUCAUGAUGAAUCUUAUUAAGCUCUGUGCGGGAACGAAAAAGAUUACAUCGCAAUUGGGAAAUGUCACAACAGCUGUGCUGAUUUCAAACAUUUCAUAUCAUGUGAAACUUGUACAGCAACUACUAAUUGCAUGCAACGACAAGAAUGUUCAACCAAGGAGCUAUGCAGCUGGAUGGCUAAGAAUCCUUUUGGAGACUCACAUAGAUCAAAAGGGAUAUAUUGAACAUUCUGGGGGGACUGAUGUGAUUGAAAAGUGCAUCAAGAGGGGUCUAUCAGACGCAAAUCCGGGUGUAAGAGAAGGAAUGAGAUCAACAUACUGGCUGUUCGCCUCUAUUUGGGCGGCGCGGGCUGAGGCGCUCAUGGAUACUCUGGACGCAAGCUCGCAGAAACUACUCCAAAAAGGCAACCCGAACCCUGGCGCAACAGCAGCGCCAAAAGGUGUAUCAAAUCUACGCCAGCCAUUAGGAAGAGGCCCUGCCCCAGGAAGACCUUCGGUAAAGGAAGCGAUUCUUGCGUCGAAGAAGAGCCGUGGGGAGCUUAGACCUCAAACUGGGCCUACUGAUAUGGGACCUCCUGCUGCUACUCAAAGCGGUCUGGCCUCUGCGCCUCUUAGGCCUCAGAGACCCCAUGUAAAGACAAGAGCUGCUGUGCCUGAAAGAACGCACGCAGAUGCCCCAUCUGUAAAACGAGAAUUAAGCCCCUCGGGCGCAUACCAAUCUGGCCAAAGGACGUCACCGCUGCAAAAUUCUCGUACGAAUGGUGUACGGUCACCUCCAUUAUCGCCCCCAACAAGAAACUUCCAUGACAGGGCGGUCCGAAUGCAUUCAACGCCCCAACGUCAACAAAGCCCACUUAUUGGUAGUUCUGGUAGAAAACUCACUGUACUGGAACAGCUGAAUCACAACGACUGGAGAGUAAGAGUCGAGGGAGUGGUUAUAGUUGCCUGCCUUCUUGCUAAAAAGACACCCCCAAAUUACGAUGGCCAGAAAAUGCCAACCCUUCCUCCGAGUGAUGUGUUCGCACCGACUUUAGCAAAGCUACUCAAUGAUCCCCAACCGGAAGUUGUCGAACAUGUCGUUGCGCCCGAGGUCCUUGCAGAAUUAGUGAAAGUGGUUCCCAUGGACCAGAUUGUUCCUAAAGUACUCUUGCUAAGUGAGAGUGAUGAUGCGGAACAUUCUCAACCUAUCAUGUCGCACAGCAUGCCGGCAUUGAAAAAGUUGAUGACGGAAUCCGAAGCUGCAGAAAUGCUUUUCAAAAUUAUUACCAGUAUGGGGGUAUCCGGCGUAGUACCAAGGAAACUAGCUGUUGGUUCAUUUACAACAACCCAGAAACGAAAGAUUCUCCACGGUUGCCUCAUCUGGAUGUGCGAAAUCGUAGAGUCACAUCUUAAAGGUGCGCAGAACGAAUUUUUGAGCGAUUCUUCAAACUUCAAGCUAUGGACCAAUCGUUUGAUAGCGAUGUUAAACAACACAAGGGUACCGAAUUACGGCCCUCUGACUACCUUAUUAAAGAACUUACAGAAGAUGGACCCUGAGGCUUUUGAUAAGAUCUUGAUGACGUUUGAGUCUCAGACUGUUAGAGAUUUGAAAAAGGCUUGGGGAGUUAAUGUCGAGGAUGAGACAGAAGCGAUAAUCAUUGAAGAAAAGGUCGCGGACGUGGAACAAGUUCUGGGGUCUGUGCCAAAGAUUGGUAAAACACCAAUGAACCCUCAGCAAAUCAAUGCUUCAUCUAUGGCAAGAAAGGAAUCAUCCAUUGGUGAUGAUGUUUCAUUCUCUAAAGAUGAAGAUAUCACUAUGAUUAGCCUUCCUCCCCUCCCUCCUGCACUCAAAGCAGCCACGCCAACACGAGUCAGAGAGAACGAAAAGAAACUCCAGGAUUUACCGCCUCUCCCAACCACACCAAUCGACAACACCCCUGAUCUUCUUGGCUUGUCAAUGCGAAAGUCUGGACGCGCCGAUGACAAAAAUCCAACCAUAAAAGUUUACCAAGACCCAAUUGUCGAGUCCAAUGGUGCUGUGGCUACAGGCGGGGAUAAACAACAAGGUCCUGGAUACGGUGAAUGGAAUAGGACAAAGAUGAAGAAGCAAAUCAGCAAUUCAAACUUGCCGAAGACACCAGAGCACUCCUCCAGAUUACUAAUUACACUCAUUACAAGGCUACAAAAUCGUGAAAUUGAUACUCAAGCAUUCAGAAAGCUGAUUGGAAUCGCAAGAGAAAAUCCAGUUAGGGCUGUCUUGCAAGAGAAUAACGGGGAGCACCUGUAUGAUAUCUGGGAGAAUGGAAAGAUGUUUGACGAGUUGCUCAUUGCUCUCCUUGAGUACCUUGAUGAUGAAUCUAUUGAUGUGGAUAGAGCUGCGGAUCUCAGAGUACAAGGGCUUCUAGUACUAAAACAGUUGCUUUCCAAAACCGCCCCUUAUUUUUCACGACAUGAACCGGCAGUGUUGCGUACGCUUAUUGAUCUACGGGGAAAGUAUCCAACACAAUCACAUGUCACCACCGGCAUCGAAGAAAUCAGCGAGGAGUUCUUGGCUCUUGUCGACCCAUACACAGGAAUUGAGGCUAUCUUGAACAUGAUGUUGCCUAAGGAUGCACCUGGAUUUAGGCCGCCUACUCAAAGUUGGUGCAUGGCUCUUACUUGUCUGGCAGCACUAGUGAGGAGCAGUAAAGCAUCCACGCUAGAUCCCCAAAUGCCUCGGCUUGGCGUUUUGGCUGUUAAGUCUCUGGAUGAUGAAGAUGCCGAAGUGAGGAGAUCGUGCGUAUCCAUGUGCAUUGAGAUGCACAGCAAGUUGGGGAACGACGAAAGACUCUUUGAUGAAAUUUUUAAAGGACUCAAAAGUGGACAUCAGAACCUUUUAACUUAUUACUUUGCGAAAAGAGAAGGCGAAAUGAGGCAAUGA